AAGAAUUUUAUUGUCUGGUCAUCCUUUGCCGUUUUGGUGCGGGUCUUGCCAGCCUGCAUCGGUGUGUCGAACACACGCGCGGGCCUACAGCUGGCAUAUUGAGUCGCCUCGACGUCAAUUGAGCAAUUGAGAAGUCAUCGCCGUUUUUCUCUAGACUCCCCGUUUGCCAAAAUUGUGGCUUCUGACUCAAGGGGUUCUACCAUUGUGACGAAGACCAGAAACGAAACCGGUCCUUCGUGGUGGCCGACAGAGCAUGCCCGGGGCAUUUGAGAUGAACGAGUUUUAAAUCUAUCCCAGUACGGCAUGGGAGGCGAACUGUUGUUUCUGGCCAUAAUUUGCGGCGUUACUCUCGCAUUUUCAGAGCAAGAAACUGCUGAGAAUUUUCGGUGAUCCUAUAGCUGUGUAGCGAGUCGGCUCGUUCCCCCGAAGUUUCGUUUUCCCUCGAACCGCUAUUCAACCUAUUAUUUUCGGUUCUCUUUUCACCUCCCUUUUUCGCCGCCGCACGUUACUUGCCUCGAUCCUCUCCUCUUUUUCCCAUCAGUCUUGCACAAAUUCUGGCGAGUUCUGUAUCUGAAUCGUUUGGCUUGCUUUCCCCCUUCACACCCGACUCGGUCACCCAGCCCCUGCUUCUCCUGUAUCUUCUAUGUCCCUCUCUCUGUUCUGCGUCCCCCUCUUCCUCUAGCUGUUCUGCAUCUCUUCCCGUCGUAUCCCUUUCCCCUGUCUCUCCUUAUCUCCGCGAUUUCCCGUAUCCACCAUGGAAACAACCGCGCCUCUCGCGCAGACAGAGGAGCAACCGGCAGCUCUCGCGCUGAACGGAGCCGCGAGCUCCAGUUCCCUGCCUGCGGCUGCGGGCGUCAGCGCUGCCGCGGAUGCCGACCCUGCUGCACCGAAUUCCCCCGAGAGAAACAACGGGGGAGAACCAGUGACGGCGGGGGCAGCGCUAGCUGCCAGCCUGGGAGAGACCGCGAAAGCCAGCUCUGCGGAGGCGAGGAAGAGCGCAGCUUCUGCCAAGGGAGAGGCAGAGCAAAGAAGGCCGAACCACGGCGUCCUGGAGAAAGUUGUCGAUGCUCUCGAACACAUCAACAGCCCCACCUCGGUGCGGCCGCCUGGCGCUCCAGCUGCCAGUCCACCGGCUGCCGCCUCGCCACACGCCGAAGGACCCAGCACACCUGCGGUGGCAAAAGCCAGAAGCAAAAAGCUGCACUUCGGCUCCAGCCACCAGGCCUACACGGGCAUCGAUGAGUGGCUGGACAACUACGAGAUCGAUCUGAAGGACCUCGGACCGAACUUCCGGUCGGGGAAACUGACGAACGCGCAGAACCUUGACCUCGCCACCUACACGUGGACGCAAGACACCUUCUCCCAUGUGAAAGGCGCUGUCGUCCUCUUCCACUCCUACACAUCCCACGCCCUCUGGGACUUCAUGCGACACCAGCCGACCGCGCAGGCAGUCGUCUCCCAGGUCGACACGCUAACUGGAGAAAAAGAAACCGUCGACAUGCUUUCAUGGGUUCCCAUCUACAACGGCAGCUGGGUGGAGGCUUUCUGGAACCUCGGAUUCAACGUGUACGCAAUCGAUCACCAAAGUCACGGCCGCUCUGCGGGGUGGAGAGAGUGGAGGUGCAAUGUGGAGACGUUUGAUCACCUCGUUGACGACGCUGUGCUCUUUAUCAAAUCCGUUGUUGCGGCAGACCCCAUGACACCGGACAGCGUGCCUAUCUAUGUCCUGGGCUACUCCAUGGGGGGGAAUAUCACGAUUCAGACACUGGCACGCAUUUUCGCGGAUCAAUCGGAGGAAGGGAAACAGCUGCAAUCGCGUGUGAAAGCUGCCGUGCUUCUCGCACCCAUGCUGAGGAUUUUGUUUGACCGAAAAACGGAGUUCCUCGCAAAAAUCAACAGACAUAUCAUCAGCUGCUGCGUACCCAAUCUGCGACUCGGACGCUCCUCCGGUGACGAGGCGUACGCCUACCUCGACAGAUGGUACGAGAAGGAUCCUUACGCGUACUCAGGAAGUGCCAAGUCGCGCAUGAUCGCGAACCUCUACUCUGCGACUCUGAAAACAAAGAAGCUCAUGAAGACCCUCCCCGAGCAUCUGAGAGUUCUCUGUCUCCAAGGAACAGCAGACGCCACAGUGGACCACAGAGCGGCUUUGCUUCUUGCCAAGACUCCCGUUCGGCUCGAUCUUAUGUACCUCACUGGAUGGAGUCAUUACUUGGCCAAGCAAAUUGGAUUCGAACUCCUGAGGGACCUGGUCGCGGCGUGGGUGCAUGCGAAGCUGCAAGUCGACACGGCUGUGCCAGCUCAUCGUGACUCGCUCGAGAGUUGGGCGGCGGAGUCAACGAACCCACGAGAUCGUGUCGCUGACAUGGGCACACAGACUUCCGUUACUCUGCCUCCUCCCAUAAGAACAGUUUCUGACAAGCCCGCCGGCGCUCCAUUUGACGCUGCGACCACGAGCGAUGCCCAGAAUCUGGAAGUGUCUAGAUCGACAAGCCAAGUCAUGACUUCGCAGGACUCGGGCAGAGAAGCCGCGGCAUAGAGUCCUUUUCAGUGUUGUGUCUCUUUUGCUGGAACGCCAACUUUAAAAACAGCGAGAUUGUCCUUUCAGGACUGCUUGUGGAGAAGAAACUGCAUGACGAAAAGCCACCAGAAGCAGACCUGGUACCGGCGGGAGUAAGGGGGGUUGUGGGAGUUCGCCAGCGCGUUUCUUCCAUUACUGCGUGGACAUGCCCACACCUUUUUGCACAUUUCUGGAAGGAAACUGAAGGGGGGAAAGGCGAGGCAGCGUUGCGUCGUCCAUUUCGAUCGUGGCAGCGCGACAUUUGAAGCUGAGAAACCUGCUGUCACUUCAGUUUUACUCACACCGUUUUUCCGUUUUAUUCACCCGUUUCCGCGCACUUGCGACUCGCUGUGGAGGUUACGGUGGAGGCGAUCCCUCUCGUAGCACGAGCGUGACCCAGAAAGGAAUCGCCGCUGCACCUUGCUGUGACUCAGCUGGAACAUCGGUCACCCGUGUUCGGCCUCAUCGGUGGAAGGCUUUUUUUGCACAACAUCGGGUACAUGCAGACGCACCCGUGAAUUGCUGUUUUUUGAGAAACUGAGUAGCGCGAUUUGUUCGUGGACCAGUCAGUCUACUAUUCGG